AUGGAGCUGGAUGAACUUAGCAACUUAACUAGCGAGGUUAUAGACCAAAUCUUAUACAAAAUACCGAUUAAGGAGGCUGUUAGAACUUGUGUUUUAUCAAGUGUGUGGAGGUAUAAAUGGGCUACGCUCUCACAUCUUGUGUUUGAUGAACGGUGUGACUCGACUCUAGACCACUCCGCCUUUGUCAACAUUGUUGAUCGGAUACUCUUACUUCACAUUGGUCCCAUUCACAAGUUCAAGCUUUCUCAUCAAGAACUUGCAGCCACAAGUGAUAUCGAUCGAUGGAUUCUUCAUCUGUCAAGACACUCAAUCAAAGAAUUCAUUCUAGAUGUGUUGAAAGGAAGCCCCUACAAAAUCCCUUCGUGUUUGUUUUCCUGUCAAGACAUUAUUCACCUAGAGUUAUCAACUUGUUUGCUAGAACCCCCGCCCGCUUUUAAAGGCUUUAGGAGUUUGAAGAGGCUUGAUAUGCAAUAUGUUACCCUGACGCAAGAUGUGUUGAUUCUUUGUUGUCCUUUGCUUGAAACAUUGACCCUAAUGAACUGGAAGGGUUUCACCCUUUUGAAGAUUGAUGCACCAAACCUUCGAUUCCUCUCGGUUGAUGGUGAUUUUGAGGAGGUUAUCCUUAAAAAUACCUCAAAUCUUGUUGAUGUCACCAUUUGUUUGUACUUCGAUGAUGAAGGACGCUUUCUUAGGAGCUCUAGUAAUUUGCUCAAUUUUUUUGCUCACCUGCCUCAAAUUCAAAGUCUCAGAUUGAGGAACUGCUUUCUUGAGUUCAUCCAAGAUGAUGAUUAUCCUGUUGCGUUAGAAGUCAACUCUUGGUUAGAUCACAACUGGAGUGAUCAAUUCUCACAACUGCGGCUUUUUCAUAUAGUCGACUUCAGUGGUGUCAUGGCUGAACUAGAGCUUAUCAGAUUUGUACUCUUAAGUUCACCCAUACUUGAGUCAAUGACUGUAAAACCUUGUUCUGACAAUGAUUCUACGGAACUGUUGAAAAAGUUGCUUCGGUUCAAGCGUGCCUCGGUGGAUGCAGAGAUAAUCUACUUGGAUCCAUGA